CCUAGAUCCCUCAGGAACUAUUGAAACUAAUUUAAAAGUCUUUAGGUACAUUGUAUUGCAGAAAAUGUCAAGUCACUUUUUAAUAAGAACUUUUUAAUGAGGAUUGUUAGCAGAUGAAUCCGGAUAAAGUCCUGUGUAAAGUGGUGAUCAUAACCAUUUGAAGAUGAUGCCUACAGCUAUUUUUCCAUAUGCACUUUUUCUUGGGAUUGGACUUCAAUAUGUCCAGACAAGGUUAUAUACAAACCAUUGGGCGGUUAAAAUUACAGGAGGUCCUGAUGUUGCCAAUCUUGUUGCAGAAAAAUAUGGAUUUGUGAACAUGGGACAGAUUGGUGGACUGGUGGACCAUUACCAGUUCUUGCAUACUGGAACUUUCAAACGAUCCACUGUUGAAAGCAGAGGAAACCACAGUCUUAUUUCCAUGGAGACCAAGGUGGAGUGGAUCCAACAACAGGUGGUUCAGAAGAGAACAAAAAGAACCGACACAAUGGACCAAACAUACACCACCAGCUUCAAUGACCCCAAAUGGGACAGCAUGUGGUAUAUUCACUGUGACCAGAACUGUCUGACAGACAUGAAUGUCAAGGCAGCAUGGCACAGAGGCUACACUGGGAAAGGGGUCGUGGUUUCCAUUCUGGAUGAUGGUAUAGAAAGACAGCAUCCGGACCUCAAGCAAAACUAUGAUGCACGAGCAAGCUUUGAUGUUAAUGGCAAUGAUCCUGAUCCAACACCCAGAUAUGAUGCCACCAAUGAAAAUAAACAUGGUACGAGAUGUGCUGGUGUGGUGGCUGCCUCUGCAAACAAUUCUUUCUGUAUAGUCGGAAUCGCAUAUAAUGCAAAAAUUGGAGGUGUACGUAUGCUGGAUGGUGAUAUGACUGACUUAGUGGAAGCUCAGUCGCUGAGUCUCAGGCAGCAGUAUAUCGAUAUCUAUAGCUCCAGCUGGGGCCCAGAUGAUGAUGGCAGCACAGUAGAUGGCCCAGGACCCCUUGCCCGACUUGCUCUGGAGACUGGAAUCCGCAAAGGCAGGAAGGGGCGUGGAUCCAUUUUUGUUUGGGCUUCAGGUAAUGGUGGCCAAAGUCAAGACCACUGCUCAUGUGACGGUUACACCAACAGCAUUUACACCAUCUCUGUUGGCAGCACCACUCAAAGUGGUCGAAAGCCAUGGUACCUGGAAGAGUGUGCCUCUACUCUUGCAAUUACGUACAGCAGCGGGGAUAGCAAUAGCCUGGGCAUUGUGACAACAGAUUUGAGGCAGCGUUGCACCGAUGAGCACUCUGGCACUUCAGCAUCGGCACCCAUGGCUGCAGGAAUCAUUGCUCUAACACUUGAAGCAAACCCAUCUUUGACCUGGAGGGACGUUCAGCACAUCAUAGUAAAAACAUCUCGACGUGGUCACCUGAGCGCCUCAGACUGGCAGAGCAAUGGAGCUGGAUAUGAUGUUAGUCAUCUUUACGGGUUUGGAUUGAUGGAUGCUGAGGCCAUGGUGAAGGAGGCAGAGACUUGGAAGCAGGUGCCUCCUCAACACAUAUGUGAGGAGAACCAAGUUCCUAAUGCCAGGAUCAUAUGUCCAGAGAGGGUGUUGAGGUCUGUGUAUAAGUCCUCAGGCUGCUCUGCUCAGCGUGUGCAGCGUGUGAGCUAUCUGGAGCAUGUUGUUGUACGCAUUACAAUCACACAUCCAUACCGUGGAGACCUGUCAAUCACAUUGACAUCACCAUCUGGGACCAGGUCUCAACUUCUUGCAAACAGAGCAAAGGAUCACUCCAAUGAGGGCUUUCAUAAGUGGGAAUUUAUGACGACUCACUGCUGGGGUGAAAGACCAGCAGGAGACUGGAUCCUGGACAUCAGAGAUACCCCCUCUCCAAGAAGAAACAACCGACUUCAAGGGAAACUAAUAGAGUGGUCUCUGGUGCUUUAUGGAACAUCCACACAUCCAUACUCUCGACAUGAACAGCCUCGGUCUGCUGAAGACGACAUCACAGAGGAAUACAAUGGCUCAUGUGACCCAGAAUGUAGUGACGAUGGCUGUGAAGGACCUCAACCCCACCAAUGUGUUUCCUGCUUGCACUUUUUCUUAAAGUUUAAAAACAAUACACGCACCUGUGUGUCUGAAUGUCCGGUCGGUUACUGGGGUGAUAGGAAGAGGUGUAAAAAGUGCUAUUCAUCCUGUAAUUCAUGUCUGGGCAGCCGCAGUGAUCAAUGCACAGGUUGUAAGCCUGGGUACCAUCUGGAUGAGGAAAAGAACACCUGUGUGACCAGUUGUGUGGAUGGCUACUACCUUAACUACGAAGACAACGUGUGCAAGAAGUGCAGUGAAAAAUGCAUGAGAUGUACGUCAGCAUCCAUUUGCACAGAGUGCUCUGAGGGGACCAGUCUGGUGGGUAACCAAUGUCAGAAGAGUUGUGAGGUGGGCAGUUACUACAAUGAGCCCAAGGACACGUGUGAGCGCUGCCAUCCAGCCUGUGCUACAUGUGCUGCUGCAGGUCUAGAGUCAUGUAUUCGCUGUGCUGAAGGUUACUUUUUGGAGAACUGGAGAUGUUUGGCCACCUGCAGUCAGGGUUUCUAUGCUGUUCAGCUGAACACAGACAGCACAGAGACUCAGAGCAUGUGCAAAAGGUGUGACACAAGCUGUCUAGCCUGUAUUGGGCCAGGUAAAGGAAACUGUAGCAAAUGUGUGGAUGGACACACACUACAGCACGGACUCUGUGUUCUGAGCCACAACUGUAAUGAUGGAGAAUAUCAGUCUGAGAGUGGAGAGUGCAGUGCAUGUGAUGUGUCCUGUACUAAAUGUAAAGGCCCAAUGGCUGAUGAUUGUCUGAGCUGCCCCAACACACAUUGGCUGGAUGAGGGUCACUGUGUGGUCAGAUGCUCAAAUGGGAAAUACCCAUUUAGUGGGCAGUGUCAUCUGUGUGAUCACACCUGUGCCCAGUGUGCAGAUGCUGGACCUGCUAACUGUACCAGCUGUGAUACAGAUAAGUUUGGGAUGGACCGUUACCUGUAUGGUGGUGAGUGUGUGGAUGCGUGUCCUCAAGGUUAUUUCCACACAGCACUGAAAGCAUGUGAGCCGUGUCCUUUACACUGUAAAGUCUGUUCUUCUGUGACCCACUGCAUCCGAUGUGAAGACUCAUUCUUCCUCAAUGAUGGAGUCUGUAAUGCGCUUGAAUGUGGAGAAGGUGAGGUGGAAGACCCAGAAUAUGAUGUGUGCAUGUCAUGUGAAGAGGGAUGUCAGAAAUGUGUUCUUUACAAUCCCAAGCACUGUCUGUCCUGCAUUGAUGGAUAUUACAAGUUUGAGGAAGGCUGCUAUAAACACUGUCCUGCUAAGACCUACACGGUGGAGGAGACCAUGACCUGUGUGUCCUGCGAUCAUGACUGUGUCAGCUGUGAUGAAGAGGAAUGCUACUGGUGUGAAGCUGACCUGUUUAUCUCAGAUGGAAAGUGUGUGCGGGAAUGUCCAGAUGGCUUUUAUAGUGAUGAAGAUUCUCAGGAGUGUGAAGAAUGUCACACAGACUGCAGGACAUGCAGUGGACCAGAGGACAGUGAUUGUGAAACCUGCAGUGACGGACUGACGCUUGAUAAUGGGGCUUGUGUGUCUGAACAGGAUGUCUGCCCUAAACAGACAUACCUUACAGAUGAUGGGGAAUGUGACGCUUGUCACCCUUCAUGUGAGUCCUGCUGGGGGAGAACGAAGAAUCAAUGCAACACAUGUGUCCAAGGUCGGUAUCUGAAUGCAGAUCAGAUGUGUGUGGCACGAUGUCCUGCGGGCAGCUACGGAAGUAAGGAGACUGGUCAUUGUGAGACAUGUUCACAGGGUUGUGCCCAGUGCCAGGAUGAACAGCUCUGCACACGCUGCCAGUCAGCACGUAAAAGCCCUCUUUAUCUGCAGGCCGGACAGUGUGUGCGCAAGUGUACUAGGGGAUUUCCUAUGGGGCAAGUGUGUAAAAGCUGUGCACCUGGUUGUGCAUCAUGUGAGGGUAAUGCAACAUACUGCCUGAGCUGUGAGGAGACGUUUCUGCUUCACAAACAUGAGUGUGUGGCAAGCUGUCCAUCUGGACAUACAACAAGUGAUGGGAAGUGCGUGAAGUGUCCUGUGAACUGUGUACUCUGCUCUGAUGAAAGCCUCUGCACAGAUUGUCAAGACAAGUUCUUCUUGCACGCGGGUCAGUGUGUAAUGGUUUGUCCUGACAGGUUUUUUGAGGACACAGAGCGAGGUGUUUGUGAGCCAUGUCACUUAGACUGUGAAUUAUGUGAUGGACCAGAACCAAACAACUGUGAUUCCUGCACUGAUCCUGACAGUGUGCUGCACAAUGGAGCGUGUUUACCCCCCUGCCCCUCACAUACUUACAGAGAGAGCAGAUCUGGAGAAUGUAUGGCAUGUGACAGCUCCUGCCUAACCUGUUCUGGCCCUCACGACACGUCCUGCACAAGCUGUUUUGAGGGCUUGGCAAUGGAUGCUUACAGCCGCUGUGUCACACCUACCACCUGUCCGGCACACCAUUACAGCAAGCAGGAUGGCGAAUGUCACUUGUGUCACAAAUAUUGCCACGAGUGCUCUGGGCCACACCAACACCAGUGUCUCAGCUGCAACCAGAACCACUAUCUUCACAACGGCAGCUGUGUGGAGGUGUGUCCACUUGGUUUUGUUCGUGGAGAAAGCCAGCACUGUGAACCCUGUCAUCCAAACUGCUUGAGCUGCAUGGGACGGCACAGCUAUGAGUGUAUAAGCUGCAGAGAUCAACUCUAUAGAGAUGUCAAAGAAUGUGUGGACACCUGUCGCUUUGGGUACUAUGCUGCUGCUGAUACCAGGACAUGUGAGCGGUGUGAUGAGAACUGUGGGGAAUGUAUGCAGGCUGGAGCUGAGGGGUGCGUGAGCUGCAAGGAGGAAAUGUUGUUUGUCAGGAAACAGGGCCGUUGCGUGUUUACCUGUCCUGAUGCAUACUACCACGAUGCACACCACAAAACCUGUGAACCCUGCCACACCAGCUGCAAAACAUGCACAGGCAGACGUCUUGAGGAUUGUAAUUCAUGUCGUCCAGGAUAUACACUCUCACAGGGCCUUUGUGAGUCACCCUGCAUGAUAGGAGAGUAUGCUGUGUCUGAGGAUACAGGCUAUAACUGUGAGCUAUGUGAUGCAUCCUGUUUGGAAUGUAGAGGCCCUGGACCACAUAACUGUACCAUGUGUCCAGAACAAUUCAUCCUGACAGCAGAGGGGCGCUGUCUGCCCUGUUGCAAAAACACACAAAAGGAAGACGACACUGAUGUUCAGCAGGAGUGCUGUAACUGUACUGAGACCAGAGGUGAGUGUGUCCUCAGCACAAACUUUGCCUUCCGUAACCGUGAGGAAGAGGAGUACACAGGAAACCUUCCACUUUUCAUUACAACAUCAAUCCUGCUUGUCCUCGCCAUCAUUUCUAUAGUAAUCCUCAUUAAGCGUUCCCUGUCUAAACGGCCCAUCCCUGACACCCAUGUCCCCCGUGGAUAUGAGAAACUGGGCCAUGGUGGUGGUCAAGAAAGCUUCCACCGAGGUACGGCAUCGUCCACCUACGGAGGUCACACAAGCUCUAGUUCAGGACGUUUCAAUGAGACGCAGCUAGUGGACUUCAGUGAUCGGAAGGGGAGUCACGAUGAUGACGAUGACGAAGAAGAUGAUGAAGAUAUUGUGUACAUGGGGCAGGAUGGCACUGUGUAUCGUAAAUUCAGAUAUGGGCAACUGGGCGAUGAGCAAGAAGAUGAAUUAGAAUAUGAUGAUGAGAGCUAUAACUUCCGAUAACACCUUAAGGUGUUUAAACAGAUAGGAGAGAGCAUUAUCUUAGUGAAAUACGAAAACAGUCCAGUUGUGAAGUAUAUGGGUCAGUUUUCAAGAUAAAGAUGGCAUUGAUUUAUUUGAUUAAAUAAAAGUUUAGCAAACCUUUUUCUAAAUUCUUGUAGCACCUUCAAUAUUAAUGUAAUGGAUGGUAAAGUGAUAGUUAGAAGAUCCUGUUAGCCCAUAAUGCUCUUUUAGCCUCUUUACAUGUAUGAACAAAAUGUUAUUGUUCAUUUUGAACAGCUAUUAUUUGGCAGUUUUGUUUCUGUUUUAACUGUGUGAGUGAUUUUCAUAGAAUGUCUGCAGUACUGUAUGUUAUCUGCAGUAACUUGUAAUUCACCUUCUUGUUUCAGUUUUUUUGUUGUGGUAGUUUGUCAGUCUUGAAUUUUAUUAAAAGUAUGACAUAAUAAGACUAAAUUUGUUACAUCUAUUUUGACACAAUGAUUGGGCUGCCAUACGUUAAGACAUCAUUACACAAAAACAAAAAAUCUGAAAUUUCCAAAACAACAAAAUGUGAUGCUACUUAAGUAAUUAACAAUGCACUGUGUUAUGGUACAGUUUAAAAUAUGUAUUAUUGCAUUAUGCAAGCCUUCACUUACAACUCAAAAAUAAUAGUAGGCAUGCAGUGUACAGUGUAAAUGAUACAUGAUAGGUGUAUUGUUAACAUGGCCAUGAUAUAUAAAAUACAGUUUCAACUGUAAUCCAGCUCCAUUUUGCCAUCCUGCACCUGUCAGUUAUCAUAGAAACAAACCGCACUGUGGUAGUCUACUACCUAACAUCAUUACUAAACAUAAGUGUUCCUAAAGGAGUUUUGUCAGAAUGUAUGGUUCUAUAGAAAACCUUUAACAUACACAGCACCUUUCUGGUUCUUUGCUACCUUUACAGUCUUUUAGAGUCUUUUCCACUACAAAAAAUUGUUAUUAAAAAACUUCAAAUGUGCAUAGCAACCAAAGUAAUUGAUGAGCUUGAUAUUCUGAUAUUUUGUGAUGAUCCAGAUAAGUGAAACGUUUCAAACCAUUUUCAUUUUGUAAAAAUCUUUGUCUAAAGCCACUACAGGUACAAGCCUGUAAUUUGACUAAGAAAUAGAGACAUACAAAUAAUUCCUUCAGAAACAAAAACCUUA